AUGUCCAAGCGCCACCGCCUCGACCUGGGGGACGACUACGCCUCCAGCAAGAAGCGCGUCGCCGUCGCCGACGGGAAGGAUCGGGAUCGUGAACGGGAACGCGAUGACCGCUCCAAAGACCGAGAAAGAGAUCGAGAUCGUGAGAGGGAACGAGAUAAGGAAAAGGAUUUACGCCCUUCAACCAAUUCUGCACUGAUUGCUAAUGUUGGGUUGCCGUCUCUAAAGCCAGCUGUACUGCCACAGGGUAUAAACCCGUUCACAAACCUACCGCACACACCUCGUUAUUAUGAGAUCCUAAAGAAGCGGCUUCAGCUCCCUGUCUGGGAGUAUAAGGAAAGGUUUACUGACAUCUUGAUCAGGCACCAGUCUUUUGUACUGGUUGGUGAGACGGGUUCUGGUAAAACAACACAGAUUCCUCAAUGGUGUGUCGACUACAUGCGAUCGCUGCCGGGGCCGAAGAGGGGUGUGGCGUGCACCCAGCCCAGGAGAGUGGCCGCCAUGAGCGUGGCGCAGCGGGUUGCUGACGAAAUGGAUGUGAUGUUGGGACAAGAAGUGGGUUACUCCAUUCGGUUUGAAGACUGCAGUAGCGCAAAAACUAUUCUCAAGUAUAUGACUGAUGGUAUGUUACUGCGUGAAGCUAUGAAUGACCCUUUGCUGGAACGUUAUGGAGUAAUAAUUCUUGACGAAGCCCAUGAAAGAACUUUGGCUACCGAUAUUUUGAUGGGAGUUUUGAAAGAGGUUGUAAGGCAAAGGUCUGAUUUAAAGGUUAUAGUUAUGAGUGCUACUCUAGAUGCCGGCAAGUUUCAGAUUUAUUUUGAUAACUGUCCUCUCCUCACUAUCCCUGGUCGCACACAUCCUGUGGAGAUCUUUUAUACUCCGGAACCAGAGAGAGAUUACCUGGAGGCAGCUAUUCGUACAGUAAUCCAGAUUCAUAUGUGUGAAGAGGAGGAAGGAGACCUUCUUCUCUUCCUUACUGGCCAAGAGGAAAUAGAUGAAGCCUGUAAGAGAAUAAAGCGUGAAAUUGAUGAUCUGGGCCCUGAAGUUGGUGAUAUUAAAAUCAUUCCAUUAUAUUCGACGCUUCCACCACAGCAGCAGCAGAGGAUUUUUGAGCCGCCCCCUCCAAAAAAGCCCAAUGGUGCAAUAGGACGAAAGGUGGUUGUAUCUACUAAUAUCGCUGAGACAUCAUUAACAAUAGAUGGUGUUGUGUUCGUCAUUGAUCCCGGAUUUGCAAAGCAAAAGGUGUACAAUCCUCGUAUAAGAGUAGAAUCUCUCUUGGUGACGGCAAUAAGCAAAGCUUCUGCUCAACAGAGGGCUGGCCGCGCUGGCCGUACUAGACCAGGAAAAUGUUUUCGGCUGUAUACAGAGAAGGCAUACAAAACUGAGAUGCAGGACAACACCUAUCCGGAGAUUCUGAGAUCUAAUUUGGGUUCUGUGGUAUUACAGCUGAAGAAACUUGGUAUAGAUGACUUGGUUCACUUUGAUUUUAUGGAUCCACCAGCUCCAGAAACCUUGAUGAGAGCCCUAGAGCUUCUGAAUUACCUGGCUGCUUUGAAUGAUGAUGGAGAUUUGACUGAAUUGGGUUCCAUGAUGGCAGAAUUCCCACUCGAUCCACAGCUGGCUAAAAUGGUUAUUGCAAGUUGCGACUACAACUGUUCUAAUGAGAUUCUAUCUAUUACUGCCAUGUUGUCAGUCCCACAGUGUUUUGUUCGCCCCACGGAAGCCAAGAAAGCGGCAGAUGAGGCCAAGAUGAGGUUCGCCCACAUAGAUGGAGAUCAUUUGACUUUGCUGAACGUCUACCAUGCUUUCAAACAAAAUCAUGAAUCGGUUCAGUGGUGUUAUGACAACUUCAUUAACUACAGGUCCCUGAUGUCUGCAGACAAUGUACGCCAGCAGCUGUCACGAAUCAUGGACAGAUUUAAUUUGCCGCGUAGAAGCACAGACUUCACAAGCAGAGACUACUACAUCAAUAUAAGGAAAGCGUUGGUUACUGGUUACUUUAUGCAGGUGGCACAUUUGGAACGGACAGGUCAUUAUCUAACAGUGAAAGACAACCAGGUAGUGCAGUUGCAUCCUUCUACAGUUCUUGAUCACAAACCUGAAUGGGUGCUUUACAAUGAAUUCGUUCUUACCACAAAGAACUACAUACGCACUUGUACAGACAUCAAGCCAGAAUGGUUGGUGAAAAUUGCCCCUCAAUAUUAUGACAUGAGCAAUUUCCCACAGUGUGAAGCAAAGAGACAGUUGGACCGCAUCAUUGCCAAACUUCAGUCCAAGGAAUACUCACAGUACUGAAUUAAUUAUUUCAACUGAAGUUGCUCAGAGGACAGCUUUAAACAAUGAAACUGAACUCUUUUAAGUUCCAAGUUGUGCUCUUUGCUUUGGUUCAAUAAUGGCCUUUAUUUGAAAGCUUUUUAAAAAAAAUUUCUUUUACAGUAAAUAUUCCAUUCUGAUUUCAUAAAUUAAACAUUUAUGCCUCCCUUUUUUGUGUUCACACUGUAGCUCAUACUGGAAAAGCUGAUCAAUGUUUUGCAGUUUAUUGAAAGUAGUUCUAUAUAUAUAUAAAACAAUGUUACAAGCAUUUCUUUAGAAAUGGUUGAAAAUGCUUCUAAAAUGUGAUUAUCGACCAUGGUAUGCAUGAUCGUUGUAAUUGUUGACAUUCCUUUUAGAAGUUGUGAAACGUUACAACUUGUGCUUAUGUAGACACAAUCUUCAGCUUCAGUACCGCGGUACUGACUUCAAUAAAGUCUAUUUAUACUAA